AUGGCCAGUUCAAGCGAGAUCCUCAAAGCUCAGAUGCUAGACAAGCCAGCCCUCAAGCCACCACCGGGACUUGAAUCGAACUUUAUCGACCCGCCUUCACAUCGAGAACUGUCAUUGGCGACGCUGAUACUAUGUUUGCUUAUCACGACGUCGAUGACGUUUAUGCGGUUGUACGUGAAGAUAUUCACCGUUCACAAGCUGCAUCUGGAAGACUGGCUACUGCCUCUCGCGUUUUUAUUCGAAAUAGCGCACAUUACCCCGGCCUUCUGCAUCUACAUGUUCGAUCCAGUCUACCACCAAUGGGAUAUGUCUAUAAGAAACCUCAUCCGGCUACUUCUUGAUCUUCACGUCGGCUACGUCUUUUAUGACCUGACUAUUCUGGUGCUCAAGCUCUGCAUUAUGGUGCAAUUUCUGCGCAUUUUCGUCCCCGCGAAGACACACUCAGCGUCGUAUUGGAUCACACAUGCCCUCAUCUGGGUGAACUCGCUUUUCUACUUCGCCAGCGCCUUCGUAGAGAUCUUCUCUUGCAAGCCGAUGGAAAAGCGUUGGAACCCCUUGAUUACGCACGGAAGCUGCAUUAACGUUAUGGUGGUUCACCCAAUUUCCGCGAGCUUGAACUUUAUUUUGGAUGUUGUGAUACUUCUCUGGACGCAGAGGGUUAUUUGGAGCCUGCAUAUGACGCGAGAAAGGAGGUGGAAGAUCGCUGUGCCAUUCAUGGCGGGCUUCAUGGCACUUGUUUUCGCCGGCAUCCGUGUCUUCACGAGCAUCAAGCUCAUUAAAACAACCGAUGUAGCCUAUUGGGGCGCCCUCAUGGGCCUGUCCACCUUCCCCGAGGUCGCAUCAGGCUUCCUAGUGCUCUCUCUUCCAGUGCUUCCGCAUCUAUACAAGAGCAUGAGGAGAUACAUGGGUUUCACACCGGAAAACAGCCAGAGGACGGGGUUCGAUAUGGAUUGGAGGGAGAGGAAAACGCCUCGAAGCUGGUUGCAUAUUUCGCAGGACUCUGCGCAAGAGGGCAAUGGUUCGCCUAGGCCUAAACAUCUUGCGAUUACAAGGACGGAUCAUGUCAUUAUUGAGUUUAUGUCUUUGGAGUCGACGGACUCGAUACUGCCCGCGGUGCCUGAGAAUAUUGGGGCUUCUCGAAAGUAG